AUGAAGGAAAUAAUCAUAAUUAUUAUCCGAUAAUCGUAAUUAGAGGUUAAGACUAGUCUUUCUCUUGAGUCUUUGCUUCUCUUAUAAAUUCAACCCAUUUUCUUCCGUUUUCUCUCACCUUUCAACUCUGCAUUCAUCUCUCUCUGUUCUCUCUCUCUACUUUCUCUCUCCUAUUUUUUCUGUUUGAUUGUUGAAGCAAGCAACAAUGGUGAAUCCAGAUACUAUUCGAACUGCUCUUGGAAUUGUUGGAAAUGUUACUUCCUUCGCCCUGUUUCUCUCUCCUGCGAGUAUGAUCUGGAGGAUAUUCAAGAACAAAUCAGUGGAGGAAUUCAAGUUUCACCCGAUUGUUGCUGGUAUAAUGAACUGCAUCAUGUGGGUGUUCUACUCGAUGCCGUUUGUGCAUCCUCACAGCAUUCUUGUUACGACCAUCAACAGUAUUGGUCUUUUGAUGUACAUAGGCUUCAACUUGGUAUUCUUGAGAUACGCUGACGGCAAGACAAGGAAAUCAAUGGGGCUUUACUAUCUCGCCGAAUUGGUGUUUCUGGCUGCCUUAGCCUGUGUCACCCUCCUAGUAUUCCACAACGUUACUGCAAGGUCUAACUUUGUUGGGAUCUUUUGUGACAUCUUUAGCAUCAUACUCUAUGGUUCACCUCUCACUGUUAUGUACAAGGUCAUCAAAACAAAGAGUGUAGAAUACAUGCCACUAUCACUUUCCCUUGCUGGUUUAGCUAAUGGAGUCGUAUGGAGUGCAUAUGCCUUGAUCAGAUUUGAUAUCUACAUUCUGCUUGGCAAUGGCAUUGGAGCCAUACUCGCCAUAAUGCAGGUGAUCUUGUAUGCUUGCUACUAUAGCACUACACCAAAGAAAGAGAAGGAUGCACCAAAGAAAGGUCAAGUGCAGAUGACUGGUGCUGAAGUCUAAAGAUGAUACUCCAAUUACUCAAUUAGGCUAGCUCAGCUCACUGGUCACUGCGAUCUGUUAUGUUUAGCUAGCUUGUUAUAUUUUUUUUAGCUUGUAGGUAAUGAUUUUGGUUAGAUUAAUAGCGGGAUAGUAUUUUCUGAGUUGUGAAUUCUCUAAGGAUAUCUUUAUGGCAAUUUAAUUUUUUUUUUUUU